CGGUAACAACAGUGCCAGAAUCUCUGAGCAUCUGACUUCCCCGCAGUCCACAAUGUCUCGCAACACUGAGUUGAAACUAACUCUCUCUCGCUCGCUAUCUUUCUUCCCAAAAUCAAGCAUUGAAUGGCGAGAGAAGUGCCAGCUUAGUAAGGCGUAGUAAGUGGGUUGACUCGCAGCGACUGAUGUCGCGUUAGGGUGAGAGAAAAAAAAGGUUUGCAACCACAGCAGCAUGCGUGGAGCCUGGCAGUGCUGGUGAGACCGUCGCUCUUUUAGCCCUCGCCAGCAAUCCAGCAAUCCCACCCACUCAUCCAUCCCCCGCACGCUGGUAUUCAUCAGGAAGCAAGCGAGGGUCAGCGGUUGCUGCUGGUGUUGGUUCCCUGAAUGUGGGUAUCGUCGCAGUUUGUCCAACCUUGGGCUCUAACUUACCCCCGGCCCUCCCUCAGUAGUAGUGCUUUGGUGGUCCAAACUCCCAAUCUGGCCCCUGCGAGUUGUACCGUGUCCUCUUUCUGUCAAGCUUCGAUCUUCAUCACUAUACCAGCCUAUAUUAGCUCCCCACCUGCACUGUUACUAUCCGUAUACUUCAUCUCACUCCUCUGCAUUCAAAUUUUGGCAAUCAAGCAGUAAGCUUGUUGUCUCCUUCACGUUCCAGGCCGCCGCAUGGGAGAGAUUGGCGAGCUUCCUGUUGUUGUUGUCUCUGCCAUUCGGCUUGUGGGCUUGGUUGCCGCUUGUUGACUCGGAGGAGCUCAGUGAGUUGCUUGGCGUGAAAUCUGGGUACGGUUUGGGCGAGACAGGGAGUUGGUUGUUGUUGUUUUAGGUCGUUCGCGUGGGCUCAGUGAAGUGAAUUGGAUUAGUCGUUGGUAAUUUGGGUGGUGAGGUCGGUUGAGAGUGUUUGUGAUUGUGAGGAUCGUGGGAUUGGAGGAUUGGGCUGUUCGCAACUUUUUUGCACAUUUUAGUGAAGGGUCAGUGGAGCUACCGAAGUUUUUCGCCUGCAAUUUGAGUUCUUACGCCGGUGGAUGGUAGUGUUGUUAUUGGCGGAGCGGAGGGAGAGAAGUUAGGUUGCUCAGGUCCAAGCGACAUAUUUAUUUUUUCUGCUUUGAGAGCGUCAUUGCACUCGAAGCAGAAGCAGAAUGGGAUUGUGGGAUUCAUUUGAGGAUGUGAGAGGCCAGCAAGAAGUGGCACAGACGGGGAAACGCAAGUAUGUUUGUGUGACCGGCAACUGGAGUCUCUUAGCCUCGUGGUUGGUGCGCGCGCUUUUGGAAAAGGGCUACAAUGUCCGCUCCACCAUCCGCACCACUGUUGACGAGGCUGCUGCUUUGAUGGCUUUGCCUGGAGCCGAGCAACGGUUGGAGCUAACGCAAGCUGAUAUGCUGGACUAUGGAAGCCUUGUGGAGGUUUUCAUGGGUUGUGACGGAGUGUUCCAUACCUCAUCACCAAGCGACCUUGUCUCCAACUACCCAUCUGAGAUGGCAGACUUCGAAGUGCGUGGGACCUUGAAUAUUGUGGAGGCAUGUGCGAACUCCUCGGUGAAGAGAUUGGUGCUAACUUCCUCCCUCGCUGCUAUGGUUUGGGAUCAGCAACGGCACGCCGAUAAGGUCAUUGACGAGAAAUGUUGGAGCAACAUGGACUUCUGUCGCUCAAAGAAGCUUUGGGGUCCACUGGCCAAGACAAUGGCCGAGAAAGCAGCCUGGUCACUUGCGAGAGACAAAGAGUUGGAUAUGGUUGUCAUCAACCCUGCCAUCGUUCUGGGCCCUAAAGUGUUUGGCACUACCCAAUGCAUCUUCACUUACUUGAAAGGUGUGAAAGAACUUCCUCAAAGUGGUCUGUUUGCAUACGCCCAUGUUGAGGACGUGGCAAAAGCUCACAUCUCAGCUCUGGAAGUAUCAGAUGCAUCCGGCCGCUACAUCUGUUAUGAGAGUGUUGUGAGUGAGGAGAAGCUUGUGGGCCUUAUUCGCAAACUUUACCCGGACAGCUCCGUUCCCUCGAGAUUUUCCAAGAACGGAAUUCCACAUGUGCUGUCCAACGACAAGUUGAAGUCUCUUGGAUUGGCUCUCCACGCAGAGCAGAAGUUGCUUUAAAGGUGAAGGGAGCUACAGUGGCUGUGAAUAUCACAUUGUCCUUCACCUACUAUUUUCAAUCCAUGGGGAGAGGGUAAUGCCCAUUCGCAUACAAUCAGCUUGUCAAGCGUCAACAAUCUGAACUUGACGGGAGGCCGUUCACAUGUAUAUAAUAAUACCAUUUGAAGUCAUAGACAAUUAUCAAGUAGGACAUGGGUUACAGCAGUGAUCUGUCCUGGCAAAUGGAUGCUGCUCACCUUAGAGGAAAAUCAUUGCUGUUAUUAUCUCUAAGCUGUAAUGAAAUAAUAUAUCAAACUCUUGAUUCUUAUUUGAACAUUGAACAAGAUUCUGAUC